UCUCAGUCAAUUCAACAAAUUUUGUAUUAUUUUCUGACUUGACUUGAUUAUAAUUCUGAUUCAACUCAUUGUUUCAUUUUAUAAAUUGUAGGAAAGUCUCAGCCGUUUUUUCUGAAAUUAUCUGUUUCAGCUGUGUAAAAUUUACACAUGCUCGUUAGUGAUUGUUUAAAAAUUGAUUAAGUUUGUUUCCUGAUUUAAGAAGCCAAUUAUCAAUUAAUUAUUCUGAGCUUGAUUUGAUUCCUUGUCAAAAGUAGCAACACAUUCAAACAGGUCAAAUAAACUGAAUGGACAAAAAUACUUAAAAGAAUAAUCUUUUAAUUCAAAAAAAAAGCUAACUUCGUCAAACUUACACUCCAGGUUAAGUAUCGGUGGCAAUCGCAAAAAGUUUGACCUCCCACAAAAUACAAAACAGCAAAUGGCUACAGCAUCUCAAAGCUCAAGUUCUAGUCCGGAAAGUUCUCUCCAAGGCCAAAGAUGUGAGAAAAAGCCCGGAGAGUUUAACAAAGAACUUCCGUGUGGACAUUUCCUUUAUUAUGGUUGCGCCAGCGAAUUAGAGCCAGAUUCACAGCAUUUGCAGACAUGUCCAAUUACAAAUUGUCAAGGUCGAGUAAAAAAAUCAAGAAGCCAGUUGAAGACCAGAGAUUUACCCACCCCAUUAGAGCAAUCGUCAACUUUCACUGCUUCGAAAACAGCAAUCGGAUCCCACUCCAAGUUUCCUUCUAAACUGUUCUGUGAUCGUCAUCCAAACUACGAGCUCAGAUAUUUCUGUGAAGGCGUCAAAUGUAAAACUCCCAUCUGUGAAGAGUGCUGGAAAAAUGACCACGAGGACAAAAGUCACAGAAUCAUUCUAAUGACGGAGCUGAUGGUCCAGAUUGAAUCUCAGAAAGAUAUCCAGAAAAGGCUGGAAAAUUACAAACAAGAGUGCCAGAAGGUCGCUAUGUUUCUGGAAGAGGAUUGGAAAAAUCUGCUGAAGAAUAUUGCGAAUGCCGAGAAAAAACAUCGAGAGGUACUGCGAUCCAAAUCGACAAACGAGUUAGAUGUAAAAUCAAAAGAAGUCAAAGAAUUUUUACGAUUGAACUGGAAUGAUGUGAACAUCUUCAAGUCAAAAUUUUUAUCUAAAAUUGACGACUUGCGAAAAACAUGGGAAGAUAUUUACGGCAAGCGAGUAAAAAAUACAGAAAAUUCAUCACUGAAUAGCAGUUCUUCAACUAUUGAAAACGCAAAGGAUUCGAGCAUAUCAGAAAAAAAAGAUGAAUCGUUCUCUUCAUCGCAGAAUGGAUUUGAUUGUCUCAUUGAUACGAAUAGCGAAACGAUAUUUGAGACGCGAGAGAAUGAUACGGUUGAUUAUCAGGAAAAAUCAGAGUCAAAAAAUAUAAAUAAACUUCCAUUGAAGAAGGUGAAAACGGGCAAGUUAGGAAACAAAAAAGUUCCUUUUAUAAUUAAAGCAGUUUACAAUUCAAGCACAAAGGAAGUAUUUGGCCUAGCAUAUCAGCUCUUCAAUAAAGGCACUGGCAUCGCUGUUUGUAGCAUAAACGAAGCAAGACGUAGAGUUAUAUUCGAAAGAGAGAUGAACUGGAAUUCGUUGAGGGGGACCGACGAUACAGAAGCGGAAAACUUACUUGAUAUAGCAAUGGACGGUGGAAACAUACUCUAUGGAAUCGUACAACGGUCUAAGGACAAAGAAAAAAGAUUAGAAGUUUUGGAUCAGAACAAUUUCGUAAAGAAAGGACAACUUGACACACGUGGAAUUGAGAACAAAAAGAGAAUUGGCUGGCGUGUUAGUGCAUUCGGCGGUACUGUUGUGUUAGCAGUUUAUGACUACAAAAAACACACUGAGGACAAAUGGAAAAGUGUGACUGUGUUCAAAAAUCAACGUAGAGAGCAUACGGUUUCUUUGAAUAUUGAAAUUGAAGGCGAAAUGUUCUAUUUUACUUGGAGACCUCUUUUGGUCAACGCUACAACUCUGCUGCUCUCAUGUGGUGUUAAUGCCAAGAAAAUAGCAGUGGUUUGGUUACCAUCUUUAUCAAAACAUUGCUCAUCGGUAUCUGAUUCCAGCUCAGCGCCGAAUUCUAGUUCGGAAACGCAGUCUUCGCAAGCCGAUUUAACAUCAACUGCUCAAGCGCUUGACGAGCUAACACCUGGUGUUACUUUGAACCCUCAAUCAGUUCGGUUCCUUAAGCUGCCAGUAAAAGGAAUUAUUAGUUCACUUGUGUGGUUAGCAUCGGAUAACGUGCUUUUAUCUAAAUCACUCGAAGGAUAUUUAUUCGUCUUGGAACUAUACAAAAAGGAAAAUAGAACAAUAUAUAAGCAUACGUCUUUGUUUGUGUAUAAAGUUGAUUUCGAACAAGUUUUUUCAUCAAAAAAUCUCGACGAAAAAGAAAAAACAAUACAGCCUAUGCCCGAAAUCAAAACUCAAAAAGAAAAAAUAGUACACUGUACCAUUGACAACGCUACAAUCUUUGCUACUUACAAUGAUCAAAAAAGACACAUGCGACCAAUACUUCUUGAUCUAAAACACCAGAAGAAGCUUUGAACAUAUAAACUCAGAGAUUCAAAUUGCCAAAAAGCGUAUAUUAUAGUCUCGAUGCUUCAAAUAACCCAAUAUUUAAACUCUGAAUAGAUG